AUGGGUCAAAAUCAGCAAACACAGUCACAGCAAGAAGAAGUGGAGUUAGAGGGCAUCCAGGACCUCUACAGGUCAUUCAUCAUGGAGUGCCCCAGUGGAUCUUUGUACCUGCACGAGUUCAAGAGGAUGUUCGGAGUACAGAACGGUACACCUGAAUCGGACUACAUGGACAGCAUCUUUCGAGCAUUUGACAUGAAUCAUGACAACACAAUGGAUUUUAUAGAAUACGUAGCUGCAGUAAAUCUCAUUCUGCGUGGAAAACUUGAAGACAAGCUGCGGUGGUCUUUCAAGGUGUUUGACAGCGAUGACAACGGUCGCCUGGACAGAAGUGAACUACGGAAGAUUGUCAAGAUAAUCUACAGAAUAAAGAAAAGCUCUGCAUCUGAUGGAUCAGGAAUAGGGAGCCUCACUUCUGAGGAAGUGUGUGACCGCAUCUUUCAAGAGGUUGACGUCAACAGCGAUGGUGAGAUUACACUGGAGGAGUUUGUUGAGGGGACUCAGAGGAGUCCGUGGCUUCAGAGCUUCCUGAGACUCGAUGUCAGUUCCAGCGCAUGGGUCCAGAGGUACAUGUGUGAAAGGAAACUGAUGAGCUCCAAAGAUUCCUGAGGGAGCUCAAGGUAUUCGGACCAGACAGCCAAAUGGAAAGGGACCUGACUGUGAACUUAUGGAAUAAGCACAUAUUCUUCCACCAACAGUGUGUGAGAAGACACCUCUUGCCUUCAUACAUUUUUUUUUUUCAUGGAAAUGACAGCUGGCAUGUGAUCCUCUCAAGGCUGAACUGGAAAGAAAAUGCUAUUGUGUUUGAUUUGUAU